CUAGGGAUCUGGCGGACCGCGGUGUGGGAGCUGCUCUUGGAGCCCAGGGCUGGGGGUGCCAUGGCAGGCAGCCCAGGCAGCUGGGCCUCUUUGGAGGGUAUAUCCCUGGGUUCCUCUGAGGAAGCGGAGCUGCGGAGGGAAGCCAUGCAGCAAGUCCUGGACAACCUGGGAUCCCUCCCCAAUGCCACGGGGGCUGCGGAGCUGGACCUGAUCUUCCUUCGAGGCAUUAUGGAAAGUCCCAUAGUAAGAUCCCUGGCUAAGGCCCACGAGAGGCUGGAGGAGACGAAGCUGGAAGCUGUUCGAGACAACAACCUGGAGCUGGUGCAGGAGAUCCUGCGGGACCUGGCGCAGCUGGCGGAGCAGAGCAGCACAGCGGCAGAGCUGGCCCGCAUCCUCCAGGAGCCCCACUUCCAGUCCCUUUUGGAGACACAUGACUCUGUGGCCUCAAAGACCUAUGAGACGCCACCGCCCAGCCCUGGCCUGGACCCCACAUUCAGCAACCAGCCUGUACCUCCUGACGCUGUGCGCAUGGUGGGAAUCCGCAAGACAGCUGGAGAGCAUCUGGGUGUGACGUUCCGCGUGGAGGGUGGCGAGUUGGUGAUUGCGCGCAUUCUACACGGAGGCAUGGUGGCUCAGCAAGGCCUGCUGCACGUGGGUGACAUCAUCAAGGAGGUGAAUGGGCAGCCGGUCGGCAGUGACCCUCGUGCGCUACAGGAGCUCUUGCGCAGCGCCAGUGGCAGUGUCAUCCUCAAGAUCCUGCCCAGCUACCAGGAGCCCCAUCUGCCCCGCCAGGUAUUUGUGAAAUGCCACUUUGACUAUGACCCUGUCCGAGACAGCCUCAUCCCCUGCAAGGAAGCGGGCCUGCGCUUCAGCGCUGGGGACUUGCUUCAGAUUGUAAACCAGGACGAUGCCAACUGGUGGCAGGCGUGCCACGUAGAAGGGGGCAGUGCUGGGCUCAUCCCCAGCCAGCUGCUGGAGGAAAAGCGGAAAGCAUUUGUCAAGAGGGACCUGGAGCUGACACCGACCUCAGGGACCUUAUGUGGUAGCCUUUCAGGAAAGAAAAAGAAGAGAAUGAUGUAUUUGACCACCAAGAAUGCAGAGUUUGACCGUCACGAGCUGCUCAUUUAUGAGGAGGUGGCCCGCAUGCCUCCGUUCCGCCGAAAAACCCUGGUGUUGAUUGGCGCUCAGGGUGUGGGCCGGCGCAGCCUGAAGAACAAGCUUAUCAUGUGGGAUCCAGAUCGCUAUGGCACCACGGUGCCCUACACAUCCCGACGGCCCAAGGACUCAGAGCGGGAAGGCCAGGGUUACAGCUUUGUGUCCCGUGGGGAGAUGGAGGCUGACAUCCGUGCUGGGCGCUACCUGGAACAUGGUGAAUACGAGGGCAACCUGUAUGGCACACGUAUCGAUUCCAUCCGGGGUGUGGUCGCUGCCGGCAAGGUGUGCGUGCUGGAUGUCAACCCCCAGGCAGUGAAGGUGCUGAGGACAGCUGAGUUUGUCCCUUACGUGGUGUUCAUUGAAGCCCCAGACUUUGAAACUCUGCGGGCCAUGAACCGGGCCGCACUAGAGAGUGGAGUGUCCACCAAGCAGCUGACGGAGGCGGACUUGAGGCGGACGGUGGAGGAGAGCAGCCGCAUCCAGAGGGGCUAUGGGCACUACUUUGACCUCAGCCUGGUCAACAGCAACCUGGAGAGGACCUUCCGAGAGCUCCAGGCAGCCAUGGAGAAGCUGCGGACAGAGCCCCAGUGGGUACCUGUCAGCUGGGUGUACUGAGCCUGUUCAUCUGGGCCUCAGCCCCUUUGUAUUGAGACCCAGAAUCUGAAUCCAUCCCCUCCCCUCCUGUGGCCCCUGCCACAGUCCUUAGCCCUGUCCCUGGCUCUCUUGGGUAACAGCUCCCAGCUGGCCCUAAGUCUGGCUUCAGCGCAGAGGCGUGCACUGCCAGGGAGGUGGGCCUUCAUGGGGUACCUCUGUGCCCAGGUGCUGCCCACUCCCAAUGUCCAUUGGCCACCAGAUGUUCCCCCCUGAGGGCCAAGCUGCACCCAGGAGUGUGUCUGUGUCACCUCUAUAAUGCUCAGUCCAGAGAAGAGAAAAGCUGCUUUGGGACUACAUGGUCAGUAGGUACACUGCCCCCUGUCACCUCUCCCCAGUCACUGGUUCUCCUCUGGACUGGC